CCCCAAUAUGUUGCUCCUCCUCCUCGCCAUCCAGCUUCUGUUCCGGGAAUGGGGGGGGGGAGAGCCCCCUCCCAAACUGCCUGCUUCUCCCGGAAGUGGAGCUUCUACACCGGAUUGCUGCUCUGCGCCGUAGCUCUAGGGGCGCGCGCUUUCGGAAAGGGGAGGAGGUACACGCAGGGGAAAUCCCCCCCGUGGGAAAGAGAAUCGGGAACGAGGGAAAAGAGGGCCUGCCUUCACCUGCAGCAGAAUUCCCCAACCCACCAACGAUUUGAGACCCAUCAGCUAUCCUCACCUGGUUUAGCCGGCCGGUUGAAGCCGUUGCUUGGAUCCUGGCCUCUGUUGCAUGCUGGCAGCUUCUGGAAGCCACAGGACUUCUUCUCAGCCCAUUCUGAGGAAAGCGAUGGAGAAGACAAGUCAGAAUUUCAGGGGAGGGAGCAACUUUCAUUUCACUAGAAAAAACCAUUAUAAUGUGUGAAAUGUGGAAUAUGCUUCACUGAAUGAGCACACAUAGCUCACAUCUCAAAAAGGGGAGAAACCGUUUAAAGCUAUGGAGAAUGGAAAGAGUUUAACUGAUAGUGGAACACUUAGAACACAUCAGGGGAAUCACAUGGGGAAGAAAAGAUUCCAAUGCAAGGAGUCUGGAAAGAGGGGAAACCUCAAUAUACAUCAGCGGACUCACACAGGAGAGAAACUAUAUAAAUGUAUGGAGUGUGGAAAGCACUUUAGUGAUAAUGGAAACCUUAGAAGACACCAACGGGUUCACACAGGGGGGAAACCUUUUAAAUGCAUGGAGUGUGGAAAGAGCUUCAGUUGGAGUGGACAACUCAAUAUUCAUCUACAGACUCACACGGGAGAAAAACCAUUUAAAUGUAUGGAGUGCGGAAAAAGCUUCCGUUUCAAUGCAAGACUUAAAACACAUCAACGGACUCACACAGGAGAGAAACCAUAUAAAUGUAUGGAGUGUGGAAAGAGUUUUAAUGAUGGUGGAAACCUUAGAAAACAUCAACGGACUCACACAGGAGAGAAACCAUAUAAAUGUAUGGAGUGUGGAAAGAGCUUCUGUCAGAGUGGACACCUUAGACAACAUCUACAGACUCACACAAGGGAGAAACCAUUUAAAUGCAUGGAGUGCGGAAAGAACUUCAGUAGGAGUAGACAACUCAAUAUACAUCUACAGAUUCACACAGGGGAGAAACCAUUUAAAUGCAUGGAGUGCGGAAAGAGCUUCAGUUUCAAUGAGUCCCUUAGAAGACACCAACGGACUCACACAGGAGAGAAACCAUAUAAAUGUAUGGAGUGUGGACAGAGUUUCAGUCACAGUGGACAACUCAAUAUACAUCUACAGAUUCACACAGGGGAGAAACCAUUUAAAUGUAUGGAGUGUGGAAAGAGCUUCAGUUUAAAUGAGUCCCUUAGAAGACACCAACGGACUCACACGGGUGAAAAACCAUAUAAAUGUAUGGAGUGUGGAAAGAGUUUUAGUGAUGGUGGAAACCUUAGAAAACAUCAACGGACUCACACAGGAGAGAAACCAUAUAAAUGUAUGGAGUGUGGAAAGAGCUUCUGUCAGAGUGGACACCUUAGUAAACAUCUACAGACUCACACAAGGGAGAAACCAUUUAAAUGCAUGGAGUGCGGAAAGAGCUUCAGUUUAAAUGAGUCCCUUAGAAGCCAUCAAUGGACUCACACAGGUGAAAAACCAUAUAAAUGUAUGGAGUGUGGAGGGAGUUUCAGUCACAGUAGAAAUCUUAGAAGACAUCAGCAGACACACAGGGAAGAAACCAUAUAAAUGUAUGGCAUGUGGAAGGAACUUCAGUCAGAGUGGGACCCUUUAUUUACAUCUACAAACUUACACAAGAGACAAACCAUAUAAAUGUCAGCAAAGUAGAUAGAGGGUCAGUUCUAGUGGAAGUCCUAUAUCAACAGACUCAUGAGCAGGAAGAACUUUAAGAGUUUAACCAUACAAACCCAUCAACAACUCAAGAGGAGAAGCAGUUUAAAUGGAAAGAUUUGCAGAAAGUGCUUUUGUUAUAAUUGAGUGUUUAAGAAACAUCUUGGGACUCUCACAGGGGAGAACCCAUUUAGAUGUAUGGAAUGUGGGACGUGUUCCUCUCAGAGUCCCCUCUUUUCUUCACAGGUAUGAACUCAGCAGGAAAUCAUUCUUAAAAGCAUGAUGUGUAUGUGAAGUUCUUGUGUUUAUAUGUAAAACUGAACGGUAAUGAAAUAUUGAAGGCAAUGUCUCACAAUAGGGAGUAUAAUUUUAGAUGUAAGAUACCUUUUGAUAGAGAGGGAAAAUCUGAGUUCCUGGUGGGGAGUGAGGAUUAGGGCUGGCCCAUAUAUUUAUAUCUCGCCCAAUACCAGUUUCUAGACCACAUCACGAUAAGUGAGGCCCCUGCAGAUGCCGAGUUGCUGACUUCCCUCCCAGGUGACAGGAAGAGAAACACACACCUCCAUUGCCCUGUGUUGUUCCAUCCUCUUUCCUCCCUUGCUCCCUUCUGCCGGUUUGUGUGCCUGACUUAGAUAUACUGUGGGUGUAUUUUUUUACUGCUGAAACUGGAUUUGCUCUCAGGAGCUAAGCUUUGUGCCUCACUGAGAACUGUAUGCUUUGAGCCCUCAGUAAACUAUUACUGAAGAA